CUGGUCAUUCUCGUCAAGAGAAAGAAGCCGGAUCCCGCUCGAGAGCGAGAACAAAGAGAACGGAAGUGCGAAAAGAAUAAAAUUAAAGCAGAGAGAGAGGAGAGAGAAAGUGCAAGAAUCAAGAGAGAGGGACAGAUGGGGAACGUGAUCGGAGAUUUGAUGAACAAGGAACCUCCAUCGCCGAUGGUUCUGGUUCCGCCCAUCUUCGAUUUCCCUCCUCUCGCUGCUCGAACCAGGAUGCUGAUUCCAGCAUAUGACUUGCUUUUCGGAAAGCUUGCUCUACGAUGCCUUUUCGAGGAUUACUUCGAGGAAGUGAGGAAUUUCAGCACAAGGAUUAUGCUAAAGCCCUUGGAAGAUCCUCACGUGGACAUGAUUGCAACAGUAUCUGGACCCCUUGAGCAGAAAUCUGACAAACAUGUGGAAGGAAAUGCAUUAUUUCGCUGGCAGAGGGACCUGGAUGAUCCACAUACAUUUUUGGACUUCUUUGUAUCUACUUCUAAACCCAAUCUACGUUUAAGAUCAUGUGCAUACUAUCCUGAAUAUGGGUUUGGAGCUUUUGGUAUAUUUCCACUGCUGGUUCCUAAUAGGGUACGUCCUGAAGAUUAUGGUUCUGUGGGAUUAAGAUAUGGAUCAGAAAAUCUAUCCAUUGGGACUACAUUUAUGCCAUUUCCUUUGUCUAGCCAGACCCCAGUUUCUGCAUGGCUAGUAGGAAGGCUUGGAAGACUAAGUGCAGGAGUACAAUACACACCACCUAAUGAUAUCAAAUAUCCAGUGAGCUUGAAGGACUUAAAAAACUGGAGCUGUGCAAUUGGAUAUGGGUUAGGUUCAAGCAGCCCCUUGAGCCCAUCUUUCAAUUUUGCCAUUGAGCUUGUUAGAAGUUCACAGCUCAUUGCAUCAUUCUACCAACAUGUUGUGGUUCAAAGAAGGGUGAAUAAUCCAUUUGAAGAAAAUCAAGUGGUUGGGAUUAACAACUACAUUGACUUUGGUUUUGAGUUGGCAACAAGGAUUGAAUCUUCAUUUCAGAUAGCUGCAUCUUGGCAAGCGAACAAGAACUUCUUGGUGAAGGGGAAGGUAGGACCAGUUAGUUCCUCCAUAGUUUUGGCUUUUAAAUCUUGGUGGAAGCCUGCUUUUACAUUUAGCCUUACAGCUAGCAAUGACCGCCUGCAUGGGACGACAGCAUAUGGAUUCGGACUUCGCGCUGAGAAUCUCAGGGAUGCGAGUUACGAAAGAGCAGAUCCCAACUAUGUGAUGUUGACUCCAAAUAGAGAGCAUUUGGCUGAAGGUGUUCUUCGCAAUUUUGGGAAGCGACCUGUGUUCCAAUCCGAGAUAAACUCUGGAAAUUAUGAUCGCUUGCCGAGAGAAUUGAAACCUAUUGGAAAGAUCUUUUAAAUGUAUGGUUUGCAGAUCUUUUUGGGAAUGCAGAGGGAAUUAGCAUGUGGGUUUAAGCUCCAAAGCAUCCAAAUCAAGGACGCUAGCAGAUCAACGUCUGUCGUUAAUCUGAAAUUCUGAGGUAAAGUGGGCUAUUUAUUAGUAAUGUCACACCAUCUGCGUCAAUGAGCAGAGCAAUUUUGGUCUUGUUAACAUUCAAUGUAAUUAAUCAUCUUCUAGGAUAACUUUCAGUUCUCUUCAUGAUGAUAUGAUAGCUAUGUAAUUGAACAAUUUGAGAAUUUAUGUUUCAUUAAUAUCUUGGUCGUUAGUUCACAAUGAGAGUUAAGUUUCACUCUCAUAAACCUGUGUGUUUCUCGGGGAUUUAUGAGGAAUCAAUGAAAGUCAUCUGCU